GGGCUGCUCGGGCGCCACCACUACUGUCCCCAACCCGCCCCGCCAGCCAGGCCAAAGGGCGGCGUGACUCACGGCGCUGCCACCAGCCCACAGCUUGCCCACAGCGUAUAAAGGCUGCGGGGUUGAAAGGUGGCAGAGCCUUGCCCGACCUGGCCCGAGGCGCACAGAGUAUGGCCGGAGGCGCGGAGCGAGGCCGCGGGGACGCGGGCUGGGGGCUGCGCGGCGCCCUGGCCGCCGUGGCCCUGCUCUCGGCGCUCAAUGCUGUGGGCACGGUGUUCGCGCUGUGCCAGUGGCGCGGGCUGAGCGCGGCGCUGCGAGCGCUGGAGGCGCAGCGUGGCCGGGAGCAGCGCGAGGACAGCGCCCUGCGCGCCUUCCUGGCGGAGCUGAGUCACGCACCUCGCCGGGCGCCCGCGCCACCGCCAGAUCCUGUGAGCGCCGCGCGCAACAAGCGCAGCCACGGCGGGGAGCCGGCGCAGCACAUCCGCGCCGAGAGCCACGACAUGCUGUUGAUGAUGACCUACUCCAUGGUGCCGAUCCGAGUGAUGGUGGACCUGUGCAACAGCACCAGGGGUAUCUGCCUGACAGGACCACCUGGCCCAGCAGGACCUCCAGGAAUUGGUGGGUUACCAGGACACAACGGAUCAGAUGGACGGCCUGGUCCCCAGGGCCCAAAAGGCGAAAAAGGAGCAAAUGGAAAAAGAGGAAAAAUGGGGCCACCUGGAGCCACAGGAACUCCAGGGGAAAAGGGAGACCCUGGUGAGCUGGGCUUGACUGGAAACGAGGGCCCAGCAGGGCAGAAGGGUGACAAGGGAGACAAAGGGGACGUGUCUAAUGAUGUACUUCCUUCAGGUGCCAAAGGUGACCAAGGCCCACCCGGCCCACCUGGGCCCCCGGGCCCUCCGGGUCCCCCAGGGCCCCCCGGAAGCAGAAGAUCCAAAGGCCCUCGUCAGCCAAACAUGUUCAACGGCCAGUGCCCAGGUGAGACGUGUGCUGUACCAAAUGAUGAUACCUUGGUUGGAAAAGCUGAUGAGAAAGUCAGUGAACACCAUUCCCUGCAAGCAGAAUCCAUGAUCACGUCCAUUGGAAACCCAACACAAGUUUUGAAAGUUAAAGAGACAUUUGGGACUUGGAUAAGAGAGUCUGCUAACAAGAGUGAUGAACGGAUCUGGGUUACUGAACAUUUUUCAGGCCUCAGGGUGAAGGAAUUCCAGGACCAGCCCUCACUGCUGAACGGCAGUUACACGCUCAUCCACCUCCCGCACUAUUUCCAUGGCUGUGGGCACACCGUUCACAACAACUCUCUCUACUACCACAAAGGAGGCUCCAACACCAUAGUGAGAUUUGAAUUUGGCAAAGAGACAUCCCAAACUCUGAAGCUUGAAAAUGCCUUGUAUUUUGAUCGAAAAUACCUCUUUGCAAAUUCCAAGACGUACUUCAAUUUAGCUGUAGAUGAAAAGGGCCUUUGGAUUAUCUAUGCUUCCAGUGUGGAUGGCUCGAGCAUCCUUGUCGCACAGCUGGACGAGAGGACCUUCUCUGUGGUGCAGCACAUCAACACCACGUACCCCAAAUCCAAGGCUGGCAACGCCUUCAUUGCCCGAGGGAUCCUCUAUGUCACGGACACCAAAGAUAUGAGGAUAACAUUUGCCUUUGAUUUGUUAGGAGGGAAACAGAUCAAUGCAAACUUCGAUUUAAGAACUUCCCCAUCUGUUCUUGCCAUGUUAUCAUACAAUAUGAGAGACCAGAAUUUAUAUUCUUGGGAAGAUGGCCAUUUAAUGCUUUAUCCUGUACAGUUUUUGUCAGCUACAUUAAACCAGUGAUGGUAUGCAUUCUAUUCCCCUCAGUAAAUUUCAGCUGUUCUCUGGUACCAUGCAUAUCCCAAUAGAAAACUUGUCUUUAAGGGUGGUCAGGUACUUAGCUGUCAUAAUCACAUGACAUGGGUAUUUAUAUGGUUGGUGACCCACUUUUAAUUCAGAUUCUGUAGGAGAAAAUAACAGAUUGGAACUCAAAAAUGGCUGAUAUUUGGUGAUUCCUUUACAAACUAGCUGGGCAAGUUACCUCUCCCUCUUUAGGUUUUGUUUUCCCCACUGGUAAUUUGAAAGGGCUGGCUAAGAUGAUAGGUAAGAUUUCCUCAAGUUGUAGGGAAUUCUGUGAUUCUUAGUUGUUGCCGCUCUCACAACUUUUACAUAUUUGGUUUUGUUUUUUUGGUUUUUAGCUACAUGCUGAGCAAUUUUACCUCUGAGUUGAUCAGCCUGAUUGCUUGAGCAACAAAUUCCUUAGUGAUGACUUGGUGCCUUGGAAGCUGCACUGACCCCUUAAGGCUGCUGAGGUACCUUAUUACCCCUAAUGUAUUACCUUUCUCUGCAUCUGCACCUGCUGCCAGAUCACCAGAGUGGCCAUUAUCCUCAGCUCCUGAUUACCACUCCAAGAUUAGCAAAAGCCAGGAACAGCUACCUGCUCGUGUUUCCUAAUGAAACAGAAACAGGCCCUUCCAGGUUCCUAUCAAUUUUUGAUCAUGCUGAUACGCAGGUUGGGUCAUAAACAUUGAAUCCUCAGGUCUUGCAGGGUUCUUCUGCCACAGAUAUGGAUCUGCUAUCAGAGUAAAUUCUGUGCUAGUGGGCAUUACUCUGGCGAGAACCUUGGGAAGCACUUUGCAGUUUUCAGAAGAGAGGCACCAUUCAUGGUUAUUAUCUAGAAGAGGGAUGAGCAAACUAUGACCCUCAGGCCAAAGACAGCCUAUCGUCUGUUUUUGUAAACAAAGUUUUAUUCCACACGGUCACAGGCAUUUGGUUAUGUAUUAUAGUAUAUGACUACUUUUCCUCGACACUGGCAGAGCUGAAUCACUGCGAGAAAGUUGAGUAACAGCCCAAAAAACCUAAAACAUUUACUCUCUGGCCCUUUACAGCAGAAGUUUGCCAACCCCUGAUCUAGACUAUAAAGUGAGCCUGAUUCUUGAAAGGGCUUAUUCACCUGAGCCUGUUUGUUAUAUUUUGUUUUGUUCCAGAUGAAAAAGUGGUCAUUUAUAUGGCUUGAGUUUUUGGUAAAGAAGAAGGGUGAGAACAGCAUAAAAUUAAGUGGCCCUCCCAAAAAGUAGUUAAUGAACUGUUCUUACCCUAAUAUAAUUUUAAAGAAUGUGAUCUGGUUCCUUCGGAUGCAAGGAGAAAAUAUAAUUUAACCUGCUGCUAAAUGCCCUUAGAUACGCAUAUUUUCUGCCAAUUCAGUUCUUCGAACAUCCUUCAGCCCAGCACUGAGGCCCAGGCAGCGCCACUGAGAGUCGAAAGGAAUCUGGAAAGUUUCUGCGGUCCUGCAGCCAGGAAAGAGACCUAGGGAAAUACUUAUGUAAAGAUUUUUCAGCAACUUGCCCUCACUGAGUACAUGAAUGUAUUGGGGGGAGAGCUUCUGAAACUUUUUCACUGGAGCCAAAUCGAUUCUCAGUGGCCCUGAGUCCUGGUUUUAUACCUUAUUAAUAGAAGCAUUUUAAAACUUAGGGAAUGUACAGAUUUAAAUAUUUAAAUCUCCCCACACCCUGCAUAAACGUAGGCAGCUAUUAGGGAAUUUAUUAUUGUUGUGUUCUCAAAAUAAUGGGUAUUUGAAACUUUUUUCCUCACUUUUUAAUUAGAUUGGUUGUGCCAUGUCAUCACAGCUUUUAAAAAAUACUCUCUUCAGAUUCAUGUUUUAUAACAAAGUAAAAUAGAGUUUCAUGUUCAGGAUCAAUGUGUUUAAUAUAUACUAGUCUUCUUUUAAACUAUUUAAAAAUAUGCAUUGCUGUUUCUGGACAUAGGGGACCUGAAUAUGUAUAUAAUUUCAUAGUGAUAGUUGUAAUAGUAAUAUAUACAAUACUAAUUGUAUAUACAGUAGCAGCCAAAAGAGGUUACUUAUUGAGUUAGCACAUAUUUCUUUUAGAAAAAAAGUUUUAGAAACCCUAGUCUUUAUAUUUGAACUAUCUUAGCACCCUUAAUUUUUGGUAAGGAAUCAUAUACUCACUCACUCACAUAUACUCACAUAUAGCGAAGUUUAUACUGGGAUUUCUCUCUCUCUCUCUCUCUCUCUCUCUCUUUUUUGCUAUGGCAGAGUAAUAUAAGGACAACUGAGUUUGACCAACAAACAAAAAUGAGUAAUUUCAUAAUAAGGGUGACAAGUUUGUCUUUACAGAGUGAGAAGAAAUCAGAUUUUACUAAUUCUUUCCUGCAAACAGUGUUUGAUUUAAAAAAAAUAAAAGAGAGAAAGGUUUGAGCUCACUGCUAAAAUAGAAUGUACCACCUAAUGUUUUUAAGUCAAGAUAUCAUUUUAGCAGUUUACAUUGUCACUUAUAACCAAAGUUACUUUUAAAGCACUUUCCAAAUGUUUGCACUUCUGAUGUCAGAAUCAAACCAGAUAAUUCUCUAAUUCUUCUUUAAUCUAAAGCAGAUAGCUUCCCACCAGGAAGUAAAUAAAACCACCCCUCCCAACCUCAAAUGUGGGUGAACCCUAUUUCAAAGCAUUUUCUUGCAAACUGAUAAUGUGUCCUAUUGAAGCCAUGUGGUGGUUAUGGGCUCAACGUAUCACUAAGCACAGGUGUUACGACAAAGAAAGAGUCCUGGGGGAAAAGUUUUAACAUGAGGAAUUCUGAUCUUAGGUACCUUCACAGUCUCUUACCUUCCAAGUUUGCAAGAUAAAAAAGUCAAACGAGACACCAAAAUGCUUGAAGAACCAGGUGUCAUUUUAUAGCUGCGCAGACUACACUUUGGCUGUGACUGGCUGUUCACAAACCAGAUGAAGGAGAAGUUCGUGAUCAGGCUUUUCAGUCUUCAUGAAGCUGCUGUGACCUGGUGUACCACACUGCAUUCAAAGCCAUAAUAUCCAGUCUGUAACGACAGAUUCUGAACUAUUCUGAACAACAAAUGAAUCAUGGUGAAUGUCUCGUUUUUGGUUGGAAUUUAUUUAACUUUAAUCUAAUUAGUCAAUAAAAAUAAUCAUUGCUGAACACAAUCACGUGUUGAAACAAGUGUAGUGUUAUCUUUACCUCUUAUUAAUUUACAUGUAACAUUUAAAAGAAAUAACAACCAAAAACCAAUAUUGUGGUAGAGUUAUAUUUGUUGCUCCUCUGUUCAAACUCUCACAGUUUGCUAGCUCUUUUGAAUAUUGAAAAAAAUCAUUGAUAUGGACUAUGUUUUCUCUAUAGGAAAACAUGAAAAAGGUACAACUAGUUACUAAAACUAGAUACUUACAGACAUAAAUGCAAUGAAUAUUUGCUAACUUAUUGGCUUAGGUGAGGCAACUACAAAGGACAUGACUUUUUAGGCUAAAAAUAAAGAAGAAGAAAUUUUUUAAAUUGGAUUUGUGUGAAUUUGGGCAAGUCUCUCAAUCCCUCAGAGCCUCUGUUUCAUAUGUAAAAUGUGGAUAAUAGUACUAUGUACCUCCUUUGAUUUUUCUAUGUGAAAUGAGAAACGCUCUAAAAAUUAUAUGAUUCUUAAUAAAUUAUAAAUGCAACUUUUAUAGUUCAUCCCUA